UAGGAGGUGGGUUUGGUGAAUAAAAAGGUCAAGUGGUCGGGUCUGCAAGUCGGUCCAUGGCGAGGGGGGACAGGACCGACACCUGGCAAGGACCGCCCCGCCUGUCCCCCCCCACUCUGGCCGGUCCGCCCGCCCACAGCUGGCCUCCCCAGGCCACAUUCUUGCACUAAGUGCGAGAGGCUGUGGGAACAGCAAUCCUGAACCGGCCAAGAGCCGGCGAAGCUGAUCCCGCGAUGGCAUUUUGUUUUGAACAGUUGCUGGGGUUGACGUUUCCUCAUAAGGUCACUUUCAUGAAUUCAAAGGCAAUUUACCAGUGAUUUCUGGGUGCUGGGGCUGAUUUUUUGUCCGUAUUUACAUUCUAUAUCUUCUGAUGAGGAAAGAAAAAUGCUUCAAGGAGGACUUUGUGACCCCUCAUCACUUUGUAUAAGAGCCCAGUCAGUGGUUUCUUGUGAUUUGGGAAGGUGUCAAAGGUGUUAUGCCCUCGAGUUCUGAAGUUCUGGCUGAUGUGGUAAGAGAAAGCCGUAUUGAAGAGUGGAAGAGCAGCCACUUCAUAAGAAUGUCUUCCAAGCAAGCCACCUCUCCAUUUGCCUGUGCAGCUGAUGGAGAGGAAGCCAUGACCCAAGAUUUGACCUCAAGGGAAAAGGAAGAGGGCGGUGAUCAACAUGUGGCCUCCCAUCUGCCUCUGCACCCCAUAAUGCACAACAAACCUCACUCUGAGGAGCUACCAACACUUGUCAAUACCAUUCAACAAGAUGCUGACUGGGACACUGUUCUGUCGUCUCAGCAAAGAAUGGAGUCAGAGAAUAAUAAGUUAUGUUCCCUAUAUUCCUUCCGAAAUACCUCUACCUCACCACAUAAGCCUGACGAAGGGAGUCGGGACCGCGAGAUAAUGACCAGUGUUACUUUUGGAACCCCAGAACGCCGCAAAGGAAGCCUUGCCGAUGUGGUGGAUACACUGAAACAGAAGAAGCUUGAGGAAAUGACUCGGACUGAACAAGAGGAUUCCUCCUGCAUGGAAAAACUACUUUCAAAAGAUUGGAAGGAAAAAAUGGAAAGACUAAAUACCAGUGAACUUCUUGGAGAAAUUAAAGGUACACCUGAGAGCCUGGCAGAGAAAGAACGGCAACUCUCUACAAUGAUUACCCAGCUGAUCAGUUUACGGGAGCAGCUCUUGGCAGCGCAUGAUGAACAGAAAAAACUGGCAGCCUCACAAAUUGAGAAACAACGGCAGCAAAUGGACCUUGCUCGCCAACAGCAAGAACAGAUUGCAAGACAACAGCAGCAACUUCUGCAGCAGCAGCACAAAAUUAAUCUCCUGCAGCAACAGAUCCAGCAGGUUCAGGGUCACAUGCCUCCGCUCAUGAUCCCAAUUUUUCCACAUGACCAGCGGACCCUGGCAGCAGCUGCUGCCGCCCAGCAGGGCUUCCUCUUCCCCCCUGGAAUAACAUACAAACCAGGUGAUAACUACCCUGUACAGUUCAUUUCAUCAACAAUGGCAGCUGCUGCUACUUCUGGACUCAGCCCUUUACAGCUCCAGAAGGGUCAUGUCUCCCACCCACAAAUUAACCCAAGGCUAAAGGGCCUAAGUGACCGUUUUGGCAGGAGUUUGGACACCUUUGAACAUGGUGGUGGCCACUCUUACAACCACAAACAGAUUGAGCAGCUCUAUGCCGCUCAGCUGGCCAGCAUGCAGGUGUCACCUGGAGCAAAGAUGCCAUCAGCUCCACAGCCACCAAACACAGCAGGGGCAGUCUCACCUACCGGGAUAAAAAAUGAAAAGAGAGGGACCAGCCCUGUAACUCAAGUUAAGGACGAAGCAGCAGCACAGCCGCUAAAUCUCUCUUCCCGACCCAAGACAGCCGAGCCUGUAAAGUCCCCAACAUCUCCCACCCAGAGUCUCUUCCCAGCCAGCAAAACCAGCCCCGUUAAUCUGCCUAACAAAAGCAGCAUCCCCAGCCCCAUUGGAGGAAGUUUGGGAAGAGGAUCCUCUUUAGAUAUCCUGUCCAGUCUCAACUCCCCUGCCCUGUUUGGAGAUCAGGACACAGUGAUGAAAGCCAUUCAGGAGGCUCGGAAGAUGCGAGAACAGAUCCAGCGGGAGCAACAACAGCAACAGCCACAUGGUGUUGAUGGGAAACUAUCCUCCAUGAACAAUAUGGGGCUGAACAACUGCAGGAAUGAAAAGAUUACUGGAGCAAAUCCCACUGAGAGAAGAUGCGCAGUGCCGCCCUGCAGGCUUCCCGGCACAGGUUUCCUUUCCUUACAGGAAAGAACACGCUUUGAGAAUUUGGGGCCCCAGUUAACAGGAAAGUCAAGUGAAGAUGGAAAGCUGGGCCCAGGUGUCAUCGAUCUUACUCGGCCAGAAGAUGCAGAGGGAGGCGCCACUGUGGCUGAAGCACGAGUCUACAGGGAUGCCCGCAGCCGGGCCAGCAGCGAGCCACACAUCAAGCGACCAAUGAAUGCUUUCAUGGUUUGGGCGAAGGAUGAGAGGAGGAAAAUCCUUCAGGCCUUCCCCGACAUGCAUAACUCCAACAUUAGCAAAAUCUUAGGGUCUCGCUGGAAAUCCAUGUCCAACCAAGAGAAGCAACCUUACUAUGAAGAGCAGGCCCGGCUAAGCAAGAUCCACCUAGAGAAGUACCCGAACUAUAAAUACAAACCUCGACCGAAACGCACCUGCAUUGUUGAUGGCAAAAAGCUCCGGAUCGGGGAAUAUAAGCAACUGAUGAGGUCUCGGAGACAGGAGAUGAGGCAGUUCUUUACCGUGGGGCAACAGCCUCAGAUUCCAAUCACCACAGGAACAGGUGUUGUGUAUCCUGGUGCUAUUACUAUGGCAACUACCACACCGUCACCUCAGAUGACAUCUGACUGCUCUAGCACCUCGGCCAGCCCAGAGCCCAGCCUCCCAGUCAUCCAGAGCACUUAUGGUAUGAAGACAGACGGCGGAAGCCUAGCUGGAAACGAAAUGAUUAAUGGAGAGGAUGAAAUGGAAAUGUAUGACGACUAUGAAGAUGACCCCAAAUCAGACUAUAGCAGUGAAAAUGAAGCCCCGGAAGCUGUCAGUGCCAACUGAGGAGUGUUUGUUUGCUGAAUUAAAAUACUUUGACAUUUCACCUCCCCUCCCCCAACAAAAAGUUCUUAAAGAGCCCGCAUGCAUUUGUGGCUCCACAAUUACAUCAGCAGAAUGGUCUUAAUUGUUUCGUAAAGUGUGAGACAGAUUAAGUUUUUCCUGAUUUUUCAUGAACUUGAGUUUUUGUCGUUAUUGUUAUUGUUGUUGUUGUUGUUUUUUUAAUUUAGGUGAAGACAUAUUAAAUAUGAGACACCAGGACUUGAAAACUUAUCUCAACCCAUAGCUGUCUUACAAGUCUUAUAUUUUUGUCUUACUUUUUUUUUUUUUUCUUUUGGAUGUUGAUAAAGGUUUAAGUUACUGUUUUAGAUGGGGUUAAACAUUCUCACUCAGGUAUGCUGUGCCGGCCUACAGGUUGUGAAUGUGUUUUUAUUCUGAAUUCUUUUAGAGAACAACUAAGGAUUUCCUAUCGUGAAACAGAACCAGUCCACAGCGUGCGCAGCUGCGUGCAGAGCAUAUUCAAAAGGCCUCAGAAUUCCAUUGUUUCCACGUGUAGAGUUCAACUCUGAAUGUGCCAAACUUUUUCAUAACUUUUGAAUCUUAAUAUUUUGAAAGUCUUAAAGGAGACACUGCAAAGUCUUAGACAAUCUUUGGCAUCUUAAGAUAACACAACAAACCACACAUUUUUCUUUUCCAGAAAAUGGUAAAGUACUCAGGAAUCUGGAGACAAGAUAUUGUAAGGAAUGAACAAGGUUGCCACAGUGCAGGUACCCAAUUGUGUUUGCCUCUUGACGUGCCAUCCACGUGUGACGCGUUAUACCGCGCGCGCACCAGAGCGAUCACCACACCAGAUACCAACCUGGUGGUCUUCUCUGCCUGAGACCACCUCUCACUACAUCCAUUAUCCCUUUGCCUUUUAACCCUGACAUUCAGUCUUAACACGUUUUCUCUUAAAUUAUUCAUUCCAGAAUGUCAAGGGUCCACUUACUAUUUAUUUGAAAAAAAAAUGUUUGUGGCAUUAAUUUAAUAAUUCUUGUUUUUCACCCUCCUUUCCUGAAGACCUUUUCAGCCCCUUUCACCUCCUUCUCCUGCUAGACACAAAAGAUGCACACAGUGAUUUUAUGUCCCCAGCGCAUCUGGACGCAUUUCUGAAACAAGAUACUAUUCAAUACUUCUACUGGUUUUCAAUGUAAACGUAUAUCUGGCUGCAGGGCUGUGUGUUUGGAUACAGGUGUGAGGUCUUACACUUCAACAGAUACGCCCCCGAGGUUCUCUGUGACCUCAGAAGCUUUGCCAGAAUCCCCUCUAAUUCAGUUGAGCAGCAGUGGUAGGAUCUGCGUCAGCGGUGUUUCCCCCAAAUGCCAUUCAGCAGCAAGGGUCAGCAGUGGUGACCGCCAGGCAGGAGAGUCCUGCAGCCAAACCCAAAACCCAAGGUUGUGGACCAUGGAGGAGGCUACAGUGAUGCUGUCACGGGCUGGCAUCUUCGCACGGAGUUGCCUUGUCACAUCUGGUGCAUCUAGGGAGUUUUCGUUGUUGUUGUUGUUUUGUUUUUUGGGGUUUUUUUUUGCAAAAUCCCCAGGAUGCAAGAAGCCACAUGACAGCCUCCAGGCAAAGAUAGAAGGCAAAUAGUCAUGAUACAUCCAGAGAAUGAAAGAAAACCAUAGGGAAGGAGAAGGAGGGGAAAUACAUUCCCUAUAUGGGAUGUUCCUACUGUUAACUCUGGGGAACGGACGACUUCUGGGGCAGCAGCUGAGCUCCUCUGGCUCACUCCCUCCCUCCAUCCAUGGCCACAUGGGGGGCAUGCCUCCCUGUGAACCAGAUUAACUGCACUGGUCACACAAGGAUUUCUCUGGAGAUGUGCUGAUGGGCUGGGAGGCAGUGAGGUUUCAUUCCCCAUCUCUUAACUCCAGGGAGCUCGGCCAUGCCAUUUUGACCUUCCUGAAACCAGGACUGACUGACUGUGGGGUGGGGGAGGGCCUCACCCGGAGUGGUUCAAUGGGAAAAUGUCAGUUAAUGGGACAGUUCACUUCAUGGGACAACCCAGAAUCUCACCACCAGGACAUAGGAACGGCCCCAUCAGAUUUCUUGAGCCAUUUUGUCACUUGGAAGAAAAUAGUGUACCUUCAUAUUUAUUUAAAGAGUGCUCAAGGCCAUACCUAAUAGCAAUAAAUAGGUCUAGCCAAGAUGUUACUGGCUAUGUCAUUAGCUGGGAGUGCUCUCCAUAAGCUGAUUAAGGUACUGAUAGGAAUGUUUUGUUCUUAGUAUUGGUUGGGGAUUGGAACUUUGUCUUUGUACAUUUAUUUCAAAUGAGGAGGAGGUCAUUUUUUUCUCAAAAGAAAUGAAUAUUUAUUAUUGUUUUACUGAUUUCUGUUGAUUAUAUAUACCUCUCCUCCUCACUUCAUUCUCACGUUUUUUCCUUUCUCUUGGACUCUUGCGUUUGCUGUCUCCUCCUCUCUCUUCCUUUUUUAUUUUGUCGCAUAGGUAGAGUGCUGUAUGGCUAGCAUUGUAUUGUAUGUAAUUAAUUUUGCACAAAGGCAAACAUUUAGAAUAGUAGGUUAAUUUUGUUUGUUUUUUAUGACCAUGCCAAAAUAAUAUUCUGGGCUGGUGGAGAACAAAGGACUGUUCUUUAGGACUGAAACUUGAUUUUGCUUGUAGUUAAAAAAAAAAAAAAAGAAAAAGAAAAAAAAAACAACAAAAAACACACACACUCACAGAUGUUGUUUCGUAAGUGUUAUAAGCACUGGAUAUAAAUGGUAUUUUUUAUCACUUCUGACUAAUGUGAAACUUGUACGAAAACUACACGAACAAAAGUCAUCUGUUUCGACUCGUGUGGGCUUGCCUCACAGUUGCCGGAUUUGAGUCAUUUUUAUGUCUUGUUAUUUCAUUUAUUUAUGCAAAAUACAUGUGUGUAUGAACACUUUGUUUUAGCUCCAGCUCUGCCUCAGUACUGGGGUGCAGUCACUUCUGGCCAUGUUCUUAAAAGUGAAAGGCUAUUCAGGAAUGAUCUGAUUGCAAACGCCUCUUUCAUUGGGUCAAACGGCGAUGCUGUAUUUGAAUCUAAAUUCUGUGCAUAAGCAGUUUACUCUAUUUAUUAGCCAAGUUUGGCUCUAAAUAUCCAUGGAAAUUAAGAAUGACAAUCAUAGGGGAUCACUUCGUUUUAUUUUCAGUGGGGCUUAAACAAAGUUUUUAUGACUCUACCAUCUCAUUUUAGAUUUUUCUAAUUGUGUAAAUAUAACAUAGAAAUAGAAUUUAUUUUUGGUUCAUGAAUACGUAGUGAGAUAUAAGUUACGUAUUUCCUUUUUGUUCUCUCUCCGUAUACGUUGGUCCAGACUAGAAGUUGACGAGUCAGUGUACCUCAUGGGGAUAGUGAACUAGCAGCCGCAGUGAGAGAGCAGGGUUCCACCCGCAGCUGGGGAAGCAAAACCCUUCACUCGGGUUCCCAGGCAGUUUAGAACCCACUGUCCACAGGCUCAGACUUUUACUUAUUUUCUUCUCAUAGAAAGUCGAUGAAUUGAUUAUACUAAAUUUCCAGUACAGCUGGGGAAGAGUCAAUUUGCUUUUGUAAGUCCACAUAAAUCUUCUAAGGUAGUUCUGUGACCAUUUACUAGCAAGAAGCAUGAAUGCCUCCGAGAUUGACCAUUAAUAAAAGUCCUACCAUGCCAAUUAGAUUAAAGAAUGCUAAUCAACUGUUUUCAGUGCUUCCUAUUUCACAGUAUCUUCAAAUCAAAGAGAAACCAUCUCCAUGUUGUUAAGGAACUUACAGGAUCAGGAUUUUCCUUGCCACUUAGGAUAGGGACACUGGCGCACAAUCCUCUCCUAAAAAAAAAAAUGGACCAUAUGGGACAGGAAGGAAGGAAGGAAGGAAGGAAGGAAAGAAGGAAGGAAGGCAGAGAAAGGAAGGGAGAGAGAAAGAAAAGGGCAAUCCAUGGACAGGAGCAGCCAGGCAGGCGGUUUCUCUAUUUCCUUGGCAGAGGCGAUGCAGUACCUUCUCCAGGAAGGUAAGAAAGUUAUGUCGUUUUCACGUAUAUUCAGCUCAGUCUUCCAGGAGCACAUCAGUUUGCUUCAUUUGGUGUUUGAGACUCGCCAGCCUUGUCCUCAGGCCCGAUUCAUGAUGCCAGGGUCCUGACACAGUCUCCCAGGCCAAGUUCUAAAUUGAGGUGUGGGCUCACAGUGCUGUUGAGCUUGUCAAAUUCUGGCCUCCCCUGCACAUUAGCCCCACUGGAGCCUGGGGUGUUUGAAAAGGGUGUGAUCACUCUAGGGCUGAAAUUAAAGGCUUCUUUCUUUUCCUUAUGAAGCCGGGCUGCUUCUUCGGAGCACACCCUCCCAAGCCAGGAGCACCAGGCACUAGCUGAAAGCAGGGAUUAUUCCGAGGAAGCCCAUCUACCCCCAGUAGGAAGGCAGCCUGGUCACUUGAACACCACAGGCAGAGGCUGCUUCUCCCAAUUUACUCAUUCUGCAAAGAGCUGACCUCGACCUACUCAUUAGGGAAAGGAGAAAGGAUCACUUAGUAGUUUUAAACCAUAUGAGAAGUCCUGUUCCAAGUGCCAACGACUACAACGAAUGCAGCUAGAGGAAUGUAUUGAAAUUAUUACUGGGUCUUCCUUUCUAAUGAGAAAAAAUGACAAAAAUGGUUGCUGUAGCCUUGCCUGAUUUUGUACACGUUUGUCCAAGGACUGAGUUGGCACUGAAGCUCACUUCUCAAAGUAUAAUAAUAUUGUAUGACCUCAUCUGUCCCUUUACAGAAGCACCUGCAGCAUUUCCUUAAGCCAUCUGCCCCCUGACAUGUCUUCUUCCUUAAUAAACAACUUCUAUCUGUUACUCCUGCUGAUGACGUUCUGUUUCUGAUGCCAUAUACUGUUGAGCGUAACCCUCUGCUAAUAUCGUUGCAAAUAUCGAUACGCAAACACAUUUCCUUUUCACCCCCAUCCCAUCUUUCCUUCUGGGGACAGAUUGCUUUCCAAAAGCUCAUGAACAAGUAGUGGGAAUGCUGGUACCUUUGGGGCAGGGCUAGAGGAGGGGGUGGGGGUGGGGGACAGAAAGGUAAUGCUGAGUUCAGAUACUCUUCCGAUUGGAGUCCGUGGCUAUAUGAACGCUUGACGGUAACUCAGUGACAUAUCUUGCUCAGUAGUUUCUUAUUCCUGAAGAACCACAAGCAUAAGGUGAGGCCUCAGUGCUGGUGCUCUUGGAGUAUGGGGAAUGUGCAAAUAUUUAACUGUUUUGUAUGCUGCACAUUGCAGAUCUGCUCAUGUGCAUUCUCCGUUCGUCUUCCUUUGUCAUACGUGUUUUUGCUUUUUUUUUUUUUUUUGGAAAGUGCGGUCUUUAUUGUACCCUUCUUCAGCUUGUAGCAAAUUAGAAUGCUUAGCAUUUAUGUUCAUUCAUUAUUGUAUUUGCCAUGUAAAAUUUUUAUUACCUUAGACAAGCUUAUAAGCUGUUACUACAUAACUUAUCUUACUGUAACUCUUUUAUUUCCCGACCUUGUAAUUUGUUUGUGAUGUAUAUUGUGAGAUUGUAUUCUAUGUUAAUUUAAUCAGCACAAUUCACUGACAUGCUGGACUGACAUGCUGGCUGCUGUUUCAAAGUGUAAAGUUUGUGUAGGGCUGUUGGGACAACUGUGGCUUGUUGUUGAGGUACUGUGCAACACUGCGGGUGUGGCCCUUACGAUGCUAAGGGCAUUCACUACACCCUCGAGCAAAUUUAACUGCAGAUUUUCUUUGUAGAAAUUCUAUGUAUACCGCAGGUACCUACUUGGCCCAUGGCUGGUAACUAUUUGGGCGAUUAGAAAAACAAGAAAACAAAAACCAUAAAAACUAGUGUCUAUUGCUGCUUUGAAUAUGUUUGAAAGUCUGAAAAUGUAAAUAAUUUAUCAAAAAAAAAAAUCUUGUACAGUCCAGUGUAAAGUUUUUAAAUGACCUUAAGGGUUACCAUCACAUCUCUCUCACACUCUCCUCUUAAUCAUGGAAAAAAAAGUUUGCUAAGGAUUAAAGAAAUGGGGGAAAAAAGAAUAUCUUCAAAUUUAAAGGAAUGAAUCAUUGUUCUUAGCUUUGUUGCAUACACACAUCUCUUGGAUUUCGUUGUGCAGUAUUGACGUGAGAUAAAACUCAACAUUGAAUAAUCUUUCAGUGGUACUUUUCAAAGUCUUCCCCUCCUCUGCCUCAUAAUUAAGGGAAAAGACAAAAUUGAAAGACGCACUGUCUUUAUCUAUCCUGGUGUAUGUUGGCACCUUAGCUACUUUUUUUUUUUCUUUUUGCACAAGGUGCUUUCCUGAUAUGUUAAACAUGCCAUCUUUGGGUGAUAAUGUAUAUGCCAUGAAGGGGCCCCGGCCCCUCAGGGGAGUGUCUAUAAGAACCUGCCUAUUUAUGCUCAUUUACCUCAAGACUGUCCUCUCUACCCUUAAUCUAGUCGUCAUCACUCCAUCUUUUGUACUGCUGUUGACACUUACAAAUUAAAGAUAAAUUUUGUUUU